CUUUACACUCCUGGCAGGCUGGGUGCCUGCUCCCUCGCCUGCCUGCCCGCCCGCCUGGGAAAGUGGGUUACGGAGGGAAGGAGCUCCGCUCAGACACUGGCAAAGGAGCAUCCAGCCACAGAUAGACCAGAGAACACCUUCCUUUUGCAGCUUCCUCUUCAUCUUUUCUAGAGGGUUUUAUAUUUGUACUCUCUCUCUCUUUUUAAAUUUUGUUCCUCUGACUUUUACCCUCCGCCCUUGGGUUUUAUGAGUGCUUUGUUAAGUCUUAGAGGGAAAAGAGACUGAGCAAGGGAAAGAGAGGCAAAGAGGAAAGGACCACAAACUGUCCAAGCCUGUUCUGCCUUUGCUGUUGAUGAAAUCCCUCUGCCUGUAAAGCCCCCUUGGCUGAGCAGCAGGCGCACACACACCCUCCAGAGUACACAGACCUGUACCGUGGCCACCAUGGUCGGCAGAGUUCAGCCUGAUCGGAAACAGUUGCCGCUGGUCCUACUGAGAUUGCUCUGCCUUCUUCCCACAGGACUGCCUGUUCGCAGCGUGGAUUUUAACAGAGGCACGGACAACAUCACCGUGAGGCAGGGGGACACGGCCAUCCUCAGGUGUGUUGUAGAGGACAAGAACUCGAAGGUGGCCUGGUUGAACCGUUCUGGCAUCAUUUUUGCUGGGCAUGACAAGUGGUCUCUGGACCCCCGGGUUGAGCUGGAGAAACGCCAUUCUCUGGAAUACAGCCUCCGAAUCCAGAAGGUGGAUGUCUAUGACGAGGGUUCCUACACUUGCUCAGUUCAGACACAGCAUGAGCCCAAGACUUCCCAAGUUUACUUGAUCGUGCAAGUCCCACCAAAGAUCUCCAACAUCUCCUCGGAUGUCACUGUGAAUGAGGGCAGCAACGUGACCCUGGUCUGCAUGGCCAAUGGCCGUCCUGAACCUGUCAUCACCUGGAGACACCUUACACCAACUGGAAGAGAAUUUGAAGGAGAAGGAUAUCUGGAGAUUCUCGGUAUCACCAGGGAGCAGUCAGGCAAAUAUGAGUGCAAAGCUGCCAAUGAGGUUUCCUCGGCGGAUGUCAAACAAGUCAAGGUCACUGUGAACUAUCCUCCCACUAUCACGGAAUCCAAGAGCAACGAAGCUACCACAGGGCGACAAGCUUCACUCAAAUGUGAAGCCUCUGCAGUGCCUGCACCGGACUUUGAGUGGUACCGAGAUGAUACCAGGAUAAACAGUGCCAAUGGCCUUGAGAUUAAGAGCACGGAGGGCCAGUCCUCCCUGACAGUGACCAACGUCACUGAGGAACACUAUGGCAACUAUACCUGCGUGGCUGCCAACAAGCUGGGGGUCACCAACGCCAGCCUAGUCCUUUUCAAGCGUGUUUUACCCACAAGCCCCCACCCAUUCAAGGUCAAAAUUGGCACCACCGUGCACUUCAAGCAAAAAGGACCUGGGUCGGUGAGAGGAAUAAACGGAUCCAUCAGUCUGGCCGUACCACUGUGGCUGCUGGCAGCAUCUCUGCUCUGCCUUCUCAGCAAAUGUUAAUAGAAAAAAACAUUUUAAAAUAAUU